AUGCGAGCAGUUCUCCAAAGAGUCUUAAACGCAAGCGUAUUAGUCGAUGGUUGCCUAGUUUCCUCGAUUAAUCAAGGCCUUUGUAUACUCUUGGGUAUUGCUCAAGAUGAUACAUCAGACGAUUUGGAUUAUAUGGUGAGGAAGAUUCUCAAUGUCAAGGUAUUCGAUAAUAAAGCGGGAGAUAAUAUGUGGGCAAGAAGUGUCAAGGAUGCUGGACUCGAAAUACUUUGCGACAAACCCGAUUUCCAUCGAGCAAUGAAGAGCGCGCAGGCAAAAGAGACAUAUGAAACAUUUCUUGAGCGAUUAAAGCAAGCAUAUGUUCCCGAUCGGAUAAAAGAUGGUAUCUUUGGAGCAAUGAUGGUCGUGAACAUUGUUAAUGAUGGUCCAGUUACGCUUGAACUAGAUUCUCGUAAAUUUAAGUACAUCAACAAACUGUCCACCAAAGAUGACAGUGAAUCAUCAACUUCCACCACUGCGACUAAGAAGAAAAAGAAGAGCAAAGCUGACGAUAAUCAGAAUAGCAAUGCUCAGACGUAA